AUGUUGAAGUUCAAUACAUGUCCCAACAGAACCCUAACCCAUCUCAACUGCUUAACUUCCCCCCAACCAUCACCAUCCUCUCUGCAUUUCGAUUCAACCUCAUUCCAAGUUUCCUACCUCAUCAAUAAUUUAGAUUUCUCCCCCCAAUUCGCUUCCAAACUUUGCUCCACCUACCGUCUUGGUUUCAAAACCACCCAAAAACCUGACUCUGUUCUCAACUUCUUUAGAAAUCAUAAUUUCUCUAAUUUCCAGUUACGCGAAGUGAUUGCCAAGUCACCAUGGCUACUUUCCUGCAACCUCUCCAAAACGGUGUUGCCGAAGUUUGAAUUUUUUCUCUCCAAAGGUGCUUCUAACUCUGACAUUGUUAACCUUAUCAGUAAAAACCCUAGAGUCUUGAGUCGAAGCUUGGAGAAUCAUAUAGCCCCAACCUAUGAAUUGGUUUAUAGAUUCUUGCAAUCUCACAAGGAUACUAUUGCUUGUGCACUUCAUAAUUCAUCUUUCUUUGAAGACAGCAAAGUGCCAGAAAAUAUCAGAUUGCUCAUUGAGAAUGGAGUAGCUGACUCAAACAUUGCGAGAAUUCUUCGAAUCAGGAACUGGACACUGCAGACAGGUGACAUGGUGAGUUUAUUGAAGGAAUUAAAGGAUUUGGGGUUUAAUCCUUCAAAAACAACUUUUAGUAUAGCAUUGAUUGCCAAAAAUUCAGUAACCAAAACCAGGUGGAAGGAGAAAGUUGAUGCCUUUAAGAAAUGGGGUUGGUCUGAUGAAGAUGUCAUUGAAGCAUUUAAAAAGCAACCUCAUUGUAUGUUAACAUCCAUUGAGAAGAUUGAUUUAGUGAUGAAUUUUUGGGUAAAUCAAUUGGGCUGGGAUGCUCUAGUCCUGGCCAAACAACCGUCGCUUUUGUCCUUAAGUUUAGAAAAAAGGAUCACUCCAAGGGCCGCAGUUGUGCAAUUUCUUCUGAAUAAUGGUUUGAGAAAUAAGAACGCAAGCUUAAGUUCUCCAUUUGUAGUGCCUGAGGAGAUAUUUCUUGAUAGAUUUAUAAAACGUUUUGAGAAGGAGUCGUCUUAUCUAUUAAAGUUGUAUGAGGAGAAACUCUAG